UUUAGGAUUAUGGAUGAUGACAACAGCAGGACCCUUGAUUUCAAAGAGUUUGUGAAAGGAUUAAAUGAUUAUGCUGUGAUGAUAGACAAGGAAGAAGCACAAGAGAUUUUCCGGAUAUUUGAUAAAGAUGGCAGUGGAACAAUUGAUUUUGAUGAAUUUCUUGUUACACUGAGACCUCCCAUGUCAAAUGCAAGAAAAGAGAUCAUCAUGCAGGCAUUUAGGAAGUUAGAUAAGACUGGAGAUGGUGUCGUAACAAUUGAAGACUUACGGGGGGUGUAUAAUGCAAAGCAUCAUCCUAAAUACCAGAAUGGAGACUGGACAGAAGAUCAAGUUUUUAGGGCCUUUCUGGAUAAUUUUGAUUCACCAUAUGACAAAGAUGGGAAGGUCACAACAGAAGAAUUCAUGAACUACUAUGCAGGAGUGAGCGCUUCAAUAGACACAGAUGUCUAUUUUAUCAUCAUGAUGAAGAACGCUUGGAAACUAUGAUCAUAUGAUUAAAGGAGCAAGUCUUUACUUCC